GUAGAAACUUAAUUAUAUAUAUGCGAAGUGCAUAAAUAAUUCAUCCUCUGUGACCCAAGUGUGUCUCUCCCUAUCUGUCGUCAAUGACAGGAUUAUAAGAAGGGAGAGCUUGUGUAAAUUACAAAGACUGACUGUCACAAUUGAUCAAGAUCAGUAUUUGUAUAGUAGCAGAGAUGGUGAGAGCUCCUUGCUGCGAUAAGAUGGGACUUAAGAAAGGUCCAUGGACUCCGGAAGAAGAUCAACUUCUCGUUUCUCACGUCCAACAAAAUGGCCAUGCAAAUUGGAGGGCUCUUCCAAAACAAGCAGGUCUUCUGAGAUGUGGGAAGAGCUGCAGACUCCGAUGGAUAAACUACUUGAGACCUGAUAUCAAGAGAGGAAAUUUCAGCAAAGAAGAAGAGGAGACCAUCAUUAAGCUACACGAAUUGCUCGGCAACAGAUGGUCCGCCAUGGCGGCUAAAUUACCUGGAAGAACCGACAAUGAAAUUAAAAAUGUUUGGCAUACUCGCAUAAAGAAAAGGCUCAAAAACUAUCAAUCCACUAGAGGGUCCAAGAGACAGAAAAUCAAGGAAUUCGAACCUCAGUCCCAAAAUGAGAUUGUCAGAUUUGGGUGCGGAUCGAUUUCACAGCAGAGUUCUAGUGAACUCUCAUCUGUCACAUACUCAAAGGCCAUGCUGACUCAAGAUAUUGUUAAGCAUGAAAAUUUAAAUUCGUCGAAGAUUCCUGAUCAUGAUUUAAGAAUGUGGUUCGAACCGGAUCAGGAAUCAAAAGAUGUGGAAAGGAAUGAUGGCAAGGACUUUUGGUAUAAUCUUCUUAUAAAAGCUGAGGACUUGCAGGAUUUACCAGAAUUCUAAGGGAUAUUUUGCUGGAGAUUAUUGAAUUGAUGCAUGCUUAGUGAUGUUAUCUGAUUUGGGUUUGAAUAAAUUCCAUGGCUGGUGAAGUCUUCAUCUUUUGGCUAGGGAUUCAACAUCAGAAAAGCUAGUCAAUUGCUUGGCCUGGUUUCUAUACUGUCAAAACAUUGCACUCUUUAAUUAGUCAAUGUACAUGGUACAUAGAAUAAACAUAUGUGUGUCUCUACAAAUUUGCGUGGAAUGUAAAGGUAAGAUGCAAAUCCCACUUUAAAUUAGUCUUUUUUACAAUAUUUACUAUUAUAAAUUUACUGCGACAUAAAUACCAUCUUGCACGGGGAUGGUCAAAUUGUUACAUAAUCAGCAGUAUAU